AUGCUCGGAUUUCCUGCAUUACUGAAGAGUGUAUUUCCUGUCAUGCGACAAUUCGGAUUAUUAGUGAUGAUACUGUCGUUAUCCCAUGGACAACAACCUUGCAUGAACGACGACAAACCAUGUACAUGGCGACAUUUUAAGAAAAUUAUCGUUGGAAACAAAGCGAUACGUCGUUUAAACUUGAUCUCCAGUCACAAUGUCCACCUUGUGGGGGAAUGCCAUAUUCUCUGCACAAGUCAUAAAAAUUGCUAUGGUUACAACUUCCGAUCGGAGAGCAAUAUUUAUAGCAAAAACUGUCAAUUGAGCAACAGCACCGUAACAAUGAACACUACAAGGAAAAAGAAUGGAACUUGGACAUUUUAUGAGGAUGUUCUGGUAACGCAAGACAUUGAUGAGUGUUCCAAUAAAUCAAGCCAUGAUUGCGACGGAAAUGCAAAUUGCAACAACACUCUAGGUUCCUAUGAAUGUCUUUGCAUUAACGGAUACUCCGGGGAUGGACGCACUUGUACAGAUAUUAACGAAUGCUCUGAGGGGACACACACAUGCGAUGAAAAAGCUGAUUGUAGCAAUACUGAUGGUUCCUUCAAUUGUAAAUGUCAGAUUGGGUACACAGGUGACGGAAACGCUUGCACAGAUGUGAACGAGUGUUCUUCUAGUGUCUGUCACUCAAAUGCUGAUUGCACCAACACAGUUGGUUCCUACACGUGUCAGUGUCGAAGUGGUUAUUCUGGAAAUGGUCAAACAUGUUCAGAUGUGAACGAGUGUUCUUCUAGUGUCUGUGACUCAAAUGCUGAUUGUACCAACACAGUUGGUUCCUACACGUGCCAGUGUCGAAAUGGUUAUUCUGGAAAUGGUCAUACAUGUUCAGAUGUGAACGAGUGUAGUUCUAGUGUCUGCGACUCAAAUGCUGAUUGUACCAACACAGUUGGUUCGUACACGUGCCAGUGUCGAAGUGGUUAUUCUGGAAAUGGUCAAACAUGUUCAGAUGUAAACGAGUGUUCUUCUAGUGUCUGUGACCCAAACGCUGAUUGUACCAACACAGUUGGUUCCUACACGUGUCAGUGUCGAAAUGGUUAUUCUGGAAAUGGUCAAACAUGUUCAGACGUUAACGAGUGCUCUCUGGGAACACAUUCAUGCUCUUCAAACGCUAAUUGUUCUAACACCGUUGGAUCCUACACGUGUCAGUGUCGAAAUGGUUAUUCUGGAAAUGGCCAAACAUGUUCAGAUGUGAACGAGUGCACUUCUAGUGUCUGUGACUCAAAUGCUGAUUGUACCAACACAGUUGGUUCCUACACGUGCCAGUGUCGAAAUGGUUAUUCUGGAAAUGGUCAAACAUGUUCAGAUGUGAACGAGUGUUCUUCUAGUGUCUGUGAUUCAAAUGCUGAUUGCACCAACACAGUUGGUUCCUACACGUGUCAGUGUCGAAGUGGUUAUUCUGGAAAUGGUCAAACAUGUUCAGAUGUGAACGAGUGUUCUUCUAGUGUCUGUCACUCAAAUGCUGAUUGUACCAACACAGUUGGUUCCUACACGUGUCAGUGUCGAAAUGGUUAUUCUGGAAAUGGUCAAACAUGUUCAGAUGUGAACGAGUGCACUUCUAGUGUUUGUCACUCAAAUGCUGAUUGUACCAACACAGUUGGUUCUUACACGUGCCAGUGUCAAAAUGGUUAUUCUGGAAAUGGUCAAACAUGUUCAGAUGUGAACGAGUGUAGUUCUAGUGUCUGUCACUUAAAUGCUGAUUGCACCAACACAGUUGGUUCCUACACGUGUCAGUGUCGAAGUGGCUAUUCUGGAAAUGGUCAAACAUGUUCAGAUGUGAACGAGUGUUCUUCUAGUGUCUGUGACUCAAAGGCUGAUUGUACCAACACAGAUGGUUCCUACACGUGUCAGUGUCGAAAUGGUUUUUCUGGAAAUGGUCAAACAUGUUCAGAUGUGAACGAGUGUUCUUCUAGUGUCUGUCACUCCAAGGCUGAUUGUACCAACACAGAUGGUUCCUACACGUGCCAUUGUCGAGGUGGUUAUUCUGGAAAUGGUCAAACAUGUUCAGAUGUAAACGAGUGUUCUUCUAGUGUCUGUGAUUCAAAUGCUGAUUGUACCAACACAGUUGGUUCCUACACGUGCCAGUGUCGAAAUGGUUAUUCUGGAAAUGGUCAAACAUGUUCAGAUGUGAACGAGUGUUCUUCUAGUGUCUGUGACUCAAAGGCUGAUUGUACCAACACAGAUGGUUCCUACACGUGUCAGUGUCGAAAUGGUUUUUCUGGAAAUGGUCAAACAUGUUCAGAUGUGAACGAGUGUUCUUCUAGUGUCUGUCACUCCAAGGCUGAUUGUACCAACACAGAUGGUUCCUACACGUGCCAUUGUCGAGGUGGUUAUUCUGGAAAUGGUCAAACAUGUUCAGAUGUAAACGAGUGUUCUUCUAGUGUCUGUGAUUCAAAUGCUGAUUGUACCAACACAGUUGGUUCCUACACGUGCCAGUGUCGAAAUGGUUAUUCUGGAAAUGGUCAAACAUGUUCAGAUGUAAACGAGUGUUCUUCUAGUGUCUGUCACUCAAAUGCUGAUUGUACAAACACAGUUGGUUCCUACACAUGUCAGUGUCGAAGUGGUUAUUCUGGAAAUGGUCAAACAUGUUCAGAUGUGAACGAGUGCAUGUCUGGUGUCUGUGAUUCAAAUGCCGAUUGCACUAACACAGUUGGUUCCUACACGUGUCAGUGUCGAAGUGGUUAUUAUGGAAAUGGUCAAACAUGUUCAGAUGUGAACGAGUGUUCUUCUAGUGUCUGUCACUCAAAUGCUGAUUGUACCAACACAGUUGGUUCCUACACGUGUCAGUGUCGAAAUGGUUAUGCGGGAAGUGGUCAAACAUGUUCAGAUGUUAACGAGUGCUCUCUGGGAACACAUUCAUGCUCUUUAAAUGCUGAUUGUUCUAACACCGUUGGUUCCUACACGUGUCAGUGUCGAAGUGGUUAUGAAGGUGACGGGAAAUCUUGUGUUUUUGUGAGAAUAAGAUUGGCUGGCACAGCAGGUGUUGCAAACAAAGGCCGAGUAGAAAUCUAUCAUCCAUCGUAUGGUUGGGGAACAGUAUGUGAUGAUACGUUGGAUUUGCAGGAUGGUCAUGUAAUUUGUCGUCAGCUUGGUUACCAAGGAGCUACUGCUUUUUAUCAUGGCGCACACUAUGGUGAAGGAACUGGUCCUAUUCUGUUGGAUGACACACAAUGUUCAGGACACGAGACUUAUAUUUGGGAUUGCGGACACCUUGGAUGGAACGUCCACAACUGUCAUCACUAUGAAGAUUCGAGUGUAGAUUGCUACUAAAGUUUUCGCCCAUUUUCAAAUUCAGUGCGAUUAUUUGUAAUCGUAUUAAGGCCCAAACAGACAGAACGUGAAUUGGCAACGCGGCGCGAAUUUUCAACGUUUUAUAUUUUUCAAA